AUGUCGAACGAAAAAGGAGAUACACUUUGGCAAUGUAGAGAUAUUCGUUUCGAUGUGGAUCAUCGAAUGCUCCGCUUGAUCCCAGGCGAAUGCCUUAUCGAUCGUCUGGAUAAUGUUGAAGAUACGAAGGGAAAUAACGGAGAGAGAGGAGUGAUUAGAAUAACGAACCUCCGAGUUAUCUGGCACUCCGCUACCAUGACCAGAGUCAAUUUGUCAAUUGGGUACGGAUGCAUUACGGGGAUGCAGACAAAACGUGUUCAAUCAAAAAUUCGAGGAGUGGAUACAGAGGCUCUAUUCAUGUUGGCACGAGUGAGGGAAAGCCAAACAAAGUUUGAAUUCAUCUUCACAUCGGUCACUUCUAGUCUACACGCUCGUCUAUUCAAUACAAUAUCAUCAGUUCUCCGCUCUUAUGAGACUACCAAACUCUACAGGGAGUUGAAGAUGAGAGGAGCCAUUAUUGACGACAACGAAGACUUGAAGCUCUUACCUGGAGAACAAAUGUGUGAAAGACUGUCAGGGGUUUGGAAUUUGAGUCAUGAUCAAGGUACACUUGGGGUGUUUGUGAUCACCAACUUGCGUAUCGUUUGGUUCGCUCAGACGAAUACUAAUUAUAAUGUAUCUAUACCUUAUUUGCAACUCUUCGGAAGUAAACUUCGAGAUUCCAAGUUUGGCCCAGCUCUUGUCUUAGAGACUACUACUGCGAGUGGAGAAUACGUGCUGGGAUUCCGUAUAGAUCCUUCUGAGAAAAUGCAUGCGACGUGUAAAAUGAUUCAUGCUCUCCAUAAGAAUCAGUUCAUGAAUCCAGUAUAUGGAGUGACGUUCAAGUUCCAAGCAGCUGGACCUACACCAGAAACUGAGGCCAUUGACCAUUUGGAGGAUGACAUAGAAGUGGAGGAGAAACAGCUAAGGACAGAUGCUUUUGCAGCAUAUUUCACACAAGGAACAACUAGUAACCACGAUGAGAAGCGACCGCCAGUGUUUUCCGAAAAUCUUGGUUUAGCCGUGGAGCAACUAAAAUCAGGGUUCACGAUUGAAGACUUGUGGACAGUUCAUGUCGAGUAG